UGUAGUGCUCCUGAUUACGCCCUUAUCCAUUCUUUGUCCAUGUCCACCAACAGUAUUCCAGACAGUUACUCUGAAGACGAACAGUUUGCCUUACCUCUGGUUCCUCAGCUGAGUCCAGCUGAGAUGGCUAAAAAACAACGUGCUGACCCAAUUCUGAGCCACGUCAUAUCACAGUUGGAAACUGGCAUAUCACCACCCCCUCUCUUGAGAGAACAGUUACCAGAGCUGCCACUUCUUCUACGGGACCUAAAUCGAUUGGAGCUCCAAAAUAAUGUCCUAGUUCGAAGGAGGCAACUUGGCGACCAGCUACAUUACCAACUUGUGCUACCCCAGGAGUGUCGCACGGAUGUUCUUUUCAACUUGCAUGACAAGAUGGGGCACAUGGGCAUUGAUCGAACCUUGGAUUUGGCGAGGAACCGAUUCUACUGGCCUCGCAUGGCUCAUGAUGUCCAAGCCAAAGUUAAGAUGUGUGAAAGGUGCGUAAAACGCAAAGCACCGCCACAGAAAGCUGCACCACUGAUCAACAUCAAAACCUCACAUCCCCUUGAACUCAUCUGUAUUGAUUUCCUGACUCUUGAACCAGACAAAAGCAACGUCAAAGAUAUUUUGGUCAUCACUGAUCACUUCACCAAAUAUGCCCUUGCCAUACCCACCCCAAAUCAAAAAGCUAAAACAGUUGCAAAAGCUCUCUGGGACAAUUUUUUUGUACAUUACGGUUUCCCUGAAAAAAUACACAGCGAUCAAGGACCAGAUUUUGAAUCCAAAACAAUCAAAGAACUCUGUACACUGGCUGGAAUCACCAAAACCAGAACAACUCCAUAUCACCCACGCAGCAAUCCAGUUGAAAGAUUUAAUCGAACUUUACUUGACAUGCUCGGAACCCUAACAGUACAAGAAAAAACCCACUGGAAGGACUUUGUAAAGCCACUUGUCCAUGCGUACAAUUGUACACAAAAUGAUACCACCGGCUUCACACCAUACGAGUUAAUGUUUGGUCGACAACCACGACUUCCAAUAGACCUUGUUUUCGGUUUACCAGUCAUCAAACCUUCCUUGAAUCACUCAGAAUAUGUCCAAAAACUGAAAUCUACAUUGAAAAAGAGCUACCAACUGGCAGCUGAAAAUGCAGAAAAAAUCAUGCAAAAAAACAAAACACGUUUUGAUACAAACAUCAAAGCAUCUACACUCGAUGUUGGGGAUCGUGUUCUUGUGCGAAAUGUCAAGUUGAGGGGGAAACACAAAAUCGCGGAUAAAUGGGAGUCUCAGGUGUAUGUGGUGGUAAAGAAGUCAGGCAACUUACCAGUUUAUACUGUGAAACCUGAGGAUGCAGAAAAGCCACUAAGAACUCUGCAUCGAGACUUGCUUUUACCUUGUGGCUGCAUACCUGUUACCUCCAAUGUACAGCCUGUGCCUGUGGCAAAACCUGUAACACCUCCUUUACCACCUGAAGAUUCUGACAUUGAUCAUUCCUCUGACGAUGAACAGAUUGCAAGAUGGUACCCUGAACCUGUUACUGAACCAGUUCGAUUUUCUACCACUGUGACACUUCCCAGUUCACCUGAAAUCUUUGCUCCAACCAGUUCCGAAAAUCUUGAUCCGCAACCACCUGAAACAUUAGAACACGAACCUCUAGGAAGCCCUGAACCUGCUUUGUUGCCAGAACUGUCUAUACAUUCCGAUCCGGUGCAUGACAUUGAUGAGGCUGCUCAACCUGAACCUGAAAUUGACAGCAGCUUACACGAACCUAACUCUGACUUGUCAUCACCUGUCGACGAAACAGAACAACGUCCCACUAGAACCAGACGACCACCAGACAGAUUUCAAUAUCAGCAAUUGGGCCAGCCAAUUCUGAAAAGCAUGCAAACGAUCUUCGAAGGACUUGGAAAGGCUCUGUUUCUGGCAGUGACAGAUCACGACAUCUCGUCCUCUGGCCAACCAUCAGCCCAUGUACAGGGACGUACAUGAGGUCAGGGGGGGACCCUGUAGCCCACGUCUCAUAUACUGCCCAUUCAAUCACUCUGCCAUCCAAUACCAUCAUUUCACUCGCUCUGCCACAAGAGGCGCUGUGUUUAAAUGUCGCCGCGGCAUCUUGUCACUCACUUCCUGCUCCGGCUUGGACUGGCAGAAACGACAGAAACACCGCUCAAUAAACUCAUCAAAUCACAACUGAAAAUUGCCAAACUCAAUGGUCAGGUUUUUUUCCCCCUCCCAAAAUCAAUGAUUCCUCUACUCCAGAGGUGGCGAGCUAUAUCUGAACCUACAGACCUGGUAGGAUUGUUUUUUUUUCCCCUCCUCCCUUCUCCUCCUAAGUUGGAUUAUGAACUUUUAAAACAAAAGGAAUAAACAUUUGCGUUUCGUUUUGCAUCUCCAAACAAAGGAAUGAACAUUUGCGUUUGCGUUUGCGUCUCCACAAGCAUUGAACUUUUUGCGUUUGCGUUCCCAAGGAAACUUUAAAAAAAAAAAGGAUUUCGAAGUAAAAAACUGAGAGAAACCAAGGAUUUGCGUUCAGACAAAAGAACAAAGCAAAGGACAUUUAAAAAGAAGUCUUAUUUGUGUUAUUGUGUGGUCUUUUGCCACAAUUUUUGUUAUUCAUUGUACAAUAUUAAUAUAAUUAUCUUUAAAUCAGA